AUGACAUCUUUCCUAUCACUCCCUUCAUCCUCCUCAUCAUCGUCAAACAAACUUGAUUCAGAGGCAUUGGCAACUCUGAUCAGGCAACUUAAACGAUCUCCCGAAUCACCCUCACGACUUACGCUCCCUCCAAUCAUGGGGGUUAUUCAGGAAGAAGACGAAGACCAGGAAGGGACGAGCGUAGUAGUGGAAGAAGUAGACAGUGGUAGUAGUAGUAGUGGUACCAGUCCUGAUACACCUUCGGAUAGGUCAGGAUUGUAUGAUAUACCUGAAGAGGAUGAGCAUGAGGGAGUGAACCGCGCAUUGUGGGUGAUUGAUGAGGAAAGUGAUGAGCAGAUAAGGAAGGAAACCUACUUCAAUCAUCAUAUUGAUACAUACGGUGACGAGAAUAUACCUCCUAACGAGAAUCAGAAUCCCAAUCAAGAUAAUCCACCUCCCAUCGAUCCAUACUCUCCACCACCUCCUAGUCCAUGUAUGACCCACAUCCCUUCACCUACCUUACCCGACAAUCCCAUCGUACCCGAAAGCUACUAUCCCGAGGAUGAGGAGGAUACCCCAUCAACAUUUCAGAAGGUACCUUCUCCACUUGGUGAAUUAUCUUCUGAUCAAUUUUUAGAUGCUGAACCAGAACAAGAAGAGUCAGUCAUUACGCCAUAUUACGAUUCCAACACAGGUAUGAGAUUGAUCCCUCAACAAAGACGACGGAGAAAGACGUUGGGUGAGCUGGAGCAAUACAGGAAAUUCGCAAUGAACAAGGCUGCCUGGAAAUCAUAUCAGGAAGCGGAAGCUCUAGAGGCACGAAGAAGAAUAAGGGAAAGAGAGGAAAGAGAAGGGUUGUGGAUGAGAUAUAGCUUUGGUGCGGGUAGCAAUGGUAGAUCGAGAGGUAGAUGGAAUAGACCUGAUCUCAUCACUAGAGCUCAAUCUUUCCCACCUACAGCUUCACGAACCAACACCGAACCUAUCUAUGCUACCUUGUACUCUGAUCCUGAUCCAGGAAAGGACGAACAUCUCACAUCGAACUGGUACAUCGAUGAUGUCGAAGUUGAAGAUGCAGGCCAAGGUGGCAAUCAAUUACAAGUCCAGCAUGUCGAAUAUGUUUCUUCACCAAGAUCCAUGAUUGAAGGAGUAGACUAUGAGGAAGAAGUUUUAUCACCGGUAUCAGAACAUAUUCAAACUCCCGCGCUUCCCAACGAUUUUGAUAAUGAUAAUGAUAAUGACGAACCAAGGAAGUUCUGUCCCAAUGCCACACAGAUAUUCGGAUCAUCUUCCACCUCAUUCCCUGCCGAUGGUCAGUCAUAUGACCGGUCAGAUAGUAAAUACGAGUAUACCGCAGAAUCAAAUAUGACCGUCUCUGCACUUACAUAUGGGUUAGGAUUAGGAUUGUCAGGUAUGACAUCUGAUCAACAACGUGGAGCGAAGAUCAACACCAGAAUGUCAUUUGAUCAGAUGAUCAAGUACGAAGAGGGAAAACAGCAUCUGGAGGAAGAUGAGAUCAGUUUGGUGGAAUUACCAAUUAGGGUGAUAUUUCCCGAAAGGACUUUUGAGGAGUUCAAAGCUGCCGGAAGAGAAUAUACGAGGGAAUAUAAGGAGAAUCAGAGUAGCGAGAAGGAUGAUCUUCAAGAUAGAUCGACGUAUAGAGAAGAUUUAGAUGGAUUACCAAUACCUGAAAGAGGUCGACCGAGAUCAAGGAUCAAAAGGGAGAUAGAUCUGGGAUCUGCCGAAUCAUAUCUGUCGUAUACUUCUACUGCAAACUCCUCUGGAACUUUUCCGAACGGUGAGGAUGACUAUGAUCCAAAUUAUCCAUACUACCACACGAAUAAUGAGAAGGACGAGGCAAAAGGUCUGAUGUAUAGUGAUGAACCUGAAGCUUCAGAAGCACCAAAUAGAUCAAAUUCAACAUCACCCGAUUCCCAAUAUUCCAGUGCCAAUGAACAAGAAGAAGAAGGAGAUAUAGAGCUGAACCUCAAUAGAAGGUUGACAAUCAGUCCUGAGCUCGAAGAUGGAGAGGAUGAAGAGGUUAAAGUGGUGAUAGACAGUAGAAGGAGACAUUCGGCACCUGGGAAAUUACCUUCUUACCUACCAGGGCAUCUUUCAGAGUUCGACGAGAGUGGACCAUUGGAUAUGGGUGAUGGAUCCGAACGAAUAAGGUCAAAGAGUGAAUGUUCGAUUCAUGCCUGA